CCAUGAUCCAUCCGGACACUGAAGGCGCGAGCAAUGUCGCAGGAGCAAGCUUUUUGUUGGACUCUUCGACUUGUAUGCCAACUAGUAGUAGUGGGACGAGGACUGCAUACCUUGUAUCACCGGCAUCGUUGAUUCUUUCACCCACGCGACGUGCUGAAGAUGGCC